AUGGGGUUUGUGCCGCUCACACCGCCGGCACGGGGGCUGUUCCGGACCGGGACCGGAAGUGGGUCAGCGGCGCGGUGGAGGGGCAGGUGCCAGAGCGCCCGGAGCCCCCGGAGCCCCCCGGUGACGCCGCCACAGGGACCCCCGCAGAGACCGCAGCCCCACGCCCCUCCAUGCGCCCCCGGGCGCGCUCCUGACCGCCGCCCGUCACCAUGCGAGCACAGCUGCAGCCCAAAUCGAAGUGAUCCGUGCAAGAUCUGCGGUGACAAGUCCUCGGGCAUCCACUACGGCGUUAUCACCUGCGAGGGCUGUAAGGGAUUUUUUCGGAGGAGCCAGCAGAACAACGCCAGCUACUCCUGCUCCCGGCAGAGGAAUUGCCUGAUCGACCGCACCAACCACCGCUGCCAGCACUGCCGCCUGCAGAAAUGCCUGGCGCUGGGCAUGUCCGGGAUGGUGACCGUGAAGUUUGGCCGCAUGUCAAAGAAGCAGCGGGACAGCCUCUAUGCUGAGGUGCAGAAGCACCAGCAGAGCCAGGAGCAGAGCAGUGGCACCAAGGAUGAGCCCGAGCCCCUGAGCCGUGUCUACACCACCAGUGUCAGCAGCGGGGUCUCAGACCUGGAUGACAUCUCCACGCUGUCAGACGGGCUCCUCUUCGACUUCCCCCUCACCCCUGAUGGCAGCAGCACCUACUACAACCUCGACCUGCUCACCUCAGCACAGCCCUCACCCGACCAGUCCAGCCUGGACGUGGCUGAGGCCACGCUCAUCAAACAGGAGUCCCUCUAUGAGCUGAUGCUGGAGCCAGCCCUGUUUGCUCACGGGGCCCUGGAGGGGGGGCAGCUGCCUGCAGACAUCUCUGUCCUGGAGAUCGACCGGGUGGCCCAGAACGUGGUGAAGUCCCACCUGGAGACGUGCCAGUACACCACAGAGGAGCUCAAGCGCUUGGCCUGGAGCCUCUACACCCCCGAGGAGGUCCGAGCCUUUCCAGAGCCAGAGCUGUGAGGCCUGUGGCAGCAGUGCUCCCUGCAGAUCUCCAACGCCAUCCAGUACGUGGUGGAGUUUGCCAAGCGCAUCGAGGGCUUCAUGGAGCUCUGCAGAACGACCAAAUCAUCCCUCCUGAAAGCUGGUUGCCUGGAGGUUCUCCUGAUCCGCAUGAUCCGCGCCUUCAACCCCCUGAACAGCACCGCUCUUGAGGGGAAGUUUGGAGGUGUGCAGAUGUUCAAAUCACUCGGUUGUGACGACCUCAUCGGUGCCGUCUUUGAGCUGGGGAGGGCCCUGUGCCGCCUGCAGCUCUCAGAUGAGGAGAUUGCCCUCUUCACUGCUGCUGUUCUGCUCUCCCCAGAUCGCCCAUGGCUGACAGAGUCCAAGAAGGUGCAGAAGCUCCAGGACAAGAUCUACGUGGCCCUGCAGCACGAGAUCCAGAAGAAACACUCCGCUGAGGACAAGCUCUCAAAGAUGGUUUCCAAGCUGCCCUUGAUGAAGACCAUUUGCAACCUCCACCUGGACAAGCUGGAAUUUUUCCGUCUCCUUCACCCGGAGACCGCCAUGAACUUCCCACCUCUCUACAAGGAGGUUUUCAACUCGGAGCUGCAGUACAGUGACCCCCGGGAGAGCUAAGGCUGGGAGCUGCUGCCUCCCUGCCAGUCCCCCAACCAUCUGGAAACGAACCGAACUUCCGAGGUUUGGGGCAGUUUAUUUAAAUCAAAUAAUCAAACGCAAGAGAAGCUGGGGGGGCUGGGGAACCUGCCCGGCCCCUUCUCCUCGCUCUGGAUUGCAAUAGCUCUUGAAUGUAAAGCACCUUGAAGGAAAAAAGCAAACGGACUUUGCCAUACCGGUGAAAUGAAUGUGAAACCUCCGCUGGGGAGAGGAGGAGCCCCCGGCAGCCCGCAGGGACCGAGCCCUCCCCGCAGCGCAGGGACCGCACCCCACGCACACGCUGCACGGCCCUGCCCGCCCUCCCGCCUCCACUCGCCAGCUCUCGGGUUUAAUUAUUAUUAUUUUUUAA